GGACAGCCAAGUAACAUUUCCCCUCCAGGGCACUAUCUUGUCGCUUCCUUGCCCUCCCACACCGCCAGCUGCCGCCGCCAUCAUCUUGAGCCUUGUCCCAACUUCGACCACACCACGCUGUAGCCAACAAUACUCUGGUAUUUUUCAGCCUCAUCAUCUUCUACUUUUCAAUAAUUUUCUCUCCCAGAUCCCACACCUCUGUCUCUCCACUGUCGUCCGGGCAAUAUGCGCACCAUUUGUACCUAGGCCUCCUCGCCCAAGGUCUCAUUGCCCCCGGUCGUCAGAUCCACCACAACCAGGUCCAUUCGGAGACGGUGAAGAAGAGCAAUUUCUACUUCAGCUUCGACCUCAUAGUCGCAUCAACUGCCACCUUAGUACGCUGCAGUCUACUCGCUACCCGCCACUGCGGUUUUUGACAUCGUUGAGCCAAUAAAUCGCUCUUGCAAAACACCGUUGCUUGUGUCCCCCUCGACAACCACCAAGGCAAGAAGCAUCCCCCCACUAUUCCCACCUCGUCCGCCGUGUGCCGCACCGAAUCCCGCAAACCACCCACGGAACUAUCGACCUAACGACUCACCCAAACCACGGCCUUCAGCUGAUACCACGCAGCUUUACCCAGCUGCCUGACCGCCGCGUUCACAAGGAAAACCUUCAGAUCGCCGCAUUGUCACUGGCGACCGCGGUGCCCUUCGCCGAUUCUCCUUCCUUGCUCGGACUGCGGCGCUUCUACGCGCUCUAGUCCGCUUCGCAACCAUGCCCUGCUUCAAAGGGAUUGCCGUUAGCAUACAUGCCAACGGUGCUCCUCUUCCCGAGCAUGGUAUGCAAAAGCAGUCACGGCUGUCACGCAUCAGCACCUAUAUACCCGUGCCUCAGCCAAGCAUCAACCCCGAUUUGAACAAGCCCGAGCCUGCCAAGUUCGCCAUUUCAAUUACCCUCUUGACACCCGGCUUGCCGAUCCCGUACUCGACUCCGAAGUCCACCGAGACGAACCCUUAUCCCAAGCCUCAGUUCGUCGGAGGCCUGCCCACCGCCGCUCAAGGUCCUUCGAAGUUCUCCGGAGUGGUCAACCCCUAUAUUCCCAUGACCAAUUCUGAGAAUGAGACGAUAGCCGCCUACAUAUACUUUGACGGAAGAUCCAAGGAGGAAGUCGCCACGCUUCUGCGACCAGGUGAGGAGACCUGGGUCAACAGUCGUUGGGUCCAGGUACCCGAUUCUGAAGGCGGAGGUCUUGCUGAGCGCGAAUUUCUCUUCCGCGAAGUUGGCUUGGAGCGUUGGCUUAACGGCUUGGACCUUCAAGGUCACGAUGCAGCAGAGAAGCUGGAACGUCGCCGUCAAAAGUUUGAGAAGCGACGCAGGAGACAAAAGACUACAGCUGGAGCGACAAGCAUGCAAGUUGAGGAAGGCCCCAACGGCCCCAGAGACACUCUGCGCUACGGCGCCGAGGACGGAUCUCCUGUUGAGGCUGUCUUUGGCGAAGACGACUCCGACUCCUUAUCCGACGAUGACGAGAUCCCCGAGGCAACUGGACAGAUCAAGGUGCUGAUGUUCCGUGUGCUUGCUUCUGGCGAAAUAAAAAAAGGAGAAUACUCUCCACAGUUCGAUGCUCAUGAUGAUGACGAUGACGCGGAAUCCGGAAAGCAAGGCAAUGGAAAGAGCGGCGUCGAUGCUGACGUGGAGCAUACCACAAGUUUUGCCAAGCCCAAGACGUUGGAUCCGAAGACUAUUAGUACUCAGACCGUGACAGGUAUCGAUGGCCCCGACAAGCCAUAUGCUUCUUUCACAUUCUUCUAUCGCGGGGAGAGGCAACUCCAAAAGAUUGGCAUCAUUGCUUCUUCCAAGGCAGCCCAGGCAACGCCGGGAUCUGCCAAACGCCGGUCUGGGCAGCUGGACUUCUCAAGCCUCGGCCCCUUGAAGACAUCUGGCACCGUUGGAUUUUCUGCCUUCAGGGACCAGGAUACAGAGGCCACCAGACGACGGAAAGCCCGCAAGAAGAGCAAUGGCAAUAUUGGGGGAGCUCUCAAUGACGACAGUGACGACGAUGACGACGAGAGUGAACUUCUUGGAAAGAUGCAGGAUAUUGAUGAAAAGGACAUCAAUAACAAGCUCGCUCCCGAGGACGUUAGAUCUCAAGGGGAGCUUGCUGAUGGUGUGAACCGUAUUCGACUUAAGAGAGCACAUUCAGCGGAGCCCGACCGCUCCGAGAACGCAGGUGCCACCAAUAACUCUGUAAACUCGGGCGCGUUCGGUAGUCCGUCGAUUGGCGCUGCAAGCGCUGCAGGCAAUGGCCAUGUUUCUGGGGGCAUAAACCAGGACCCUAGCAACGAUGCUACAGUAGAGGGAACAGUUGGGAGCCCCUUGAAGAAACAUCGGCCGAGUAUUUCUGGCGGCGAUGACCAAGUCCGAGCCCAUUCAAAUAACUCAAGUUUGGGCGAUGUCAUGAACCGUGGCGGCCCUACACAGACAAAUGCGCCGGCCACCUCAGGUACCAAUGCCGACGAGGAAGAGCUGUGAUGCUCAAUCGCUUAUACUGGUUCAAUCAGGGAGGAGAGGGGCUGCGGGAGUCUGGGUCACAUGGUAAAGAGGGUCCGUGACGAUAUCCACGACAGGCGAGUGCGAUGAAUAAGAAAAGCAUCAGAGGACCUGAAGAAGGCCUGCUCGGUGAUUUUGUAUGCCGUUCUGACAAAUCAGCGGCGAUUCAGCUAGGCCACGACCGCACAGGAAGCCGCGAGGCCCAGCCUGCUUUCAAUAGAAACGUGUAUUCUUGUGUGCGUACUACUUACUGGUGGACAUCACUGUGUAGCACUCUGUGCCUCAGCUUCAAGGAAUAUAUGCAAGACAGGCAUCUCGAAUUAGUGACCGUGCGAAGUAUUGAGGAAAAGACCUUUGGAGGGGAACGAAUCGGUACUGUCCUACAAGUAUGAUUGUGUCUUUCUGUGGUCAGCCUCUGUUGUAUCCGGCAACCUGAUAGUUGGAAGACCAUCGUCAGUCCACCAAGGUCGACGAAAAGCUAGAGUUUACAGUUUCUGGGUUACUGCUGUGGACAGGCAGAAGAGAGUAAUUUACGAGGUUCGAAGACUACAGGGUUGCCCAAACACCUUUUAAGGGCGGGGCACUGCUUACUUUUGUAUCCGGC